CCCGUUAAAAAUUCAAAUUUUUGAAAACCGAAAAUUUAAUGAAUUAUAGUAAAUGCGUACCAUACAGGAUCAUAAGAAGCAAUUUGAAUCGGUAAAUUCAUUGUUUCACAGCCAAAACCGAUUGAGAACCGUUUCAAAUAAUUCAUUGUACGAGCUGAGUUGGCGAAAUAGCUAGUGACAAAUAAAAAUUACUUUCUUCCGUAGAUUCACUUAAUUUUAAGGAUGCUUGAUCUGUUUACAAUUUUCACGAAAGGAGGCAUCGUUUUAUGGUGCUUCCGUAAUACGUCUGAAUUCUUCGCACCAUCCGUAAAUGCUUUAAUUCGCAAUGUUUUGAUGCAAGAACGUGGCGGAAAUAGCUCAUACAGUCAUGAUAAACUGACACUCCAAUAUAAGCUGGAUAAUGAGUUUGAGCUGAUCUUUGUUGUAGCAUUCCAAAAGAUUUUACAGCUUGCAUACAUUGAUAAAUUUCUAUCAGAUAUCCAUCUUGAGUUCCGUGACAAAUAUAAGAAUGUCCUGACAGCACAAGGUCGUGAAUUUAAUAAUUUUGAGUUUGGCGAUGAGUUCCAACGACUUUUAAAAGAUGCUGAAAGUUGGGGAAAAAUGCAAUCAGCAAUGCCACGCCAAAUGAGAAGUUAUGAGGAAUCGAACAAGUCAAAAAAGACAGUUGCGUCCAUGAUUGAACGAAAAGGUGGUGAUUCUGUUCCAAAGAAAACUGUUAAAAUUGUUGAAGCUGAAAAGGAAAAUGUGAAGGAAGAUGAUGAAAUUAAUGGAAAUACAGACACUGAAAUAUUAAUGGCGCGUAAAAAGCUAGCUGAUAAGUUUACAAAGAAAACACCAGCUGAUAAGAAGAAAUCGCCUAAAUCACCAAUCGAAAAGAAAAAUACAAAAGCUAAUCGUGUCUGGGAAUUGAAUGGAAACUUUAAGGAAAAGGAUGCUGUAACUCUUGAUCGUUGUAAGGAUCGUCCUGAAGACAUUAAGAGUGAUUAUACUGACUCAGAUCGUAUGGUUGGUCAAUUAAUUGGAAAUAUUAAGGACAUUGAAGUUGAGGAUGAAUCUUCUGAAGACGAAUCUGAUGAAUAUGAGGAAGACACCAAUCAGAACUACGCAAAACCAAAAGUAGCAGCUAAAAAGACUGGUGGAAUGUUGUCAAUGUUUAAGGGAUUAGUCGGAUCAAAAUCUAUUUCUACUGAUGACAUGCAGCCAGCUUUAGAUAAGUUACGUGAUCAUUUGAUCACUAAAAACGUUGCGACUGACAUUGCUCAAAAGCUUUGUGAAUCAGUUGCUUCCAAAUUGGAAGGAAAAGUUCUAGGAACAUUCGAUACAAUCGCUACAACUGUCAAAACGACUCUUAAUGACUCACUUGUUCAAAUUUUAUCACCGAAACGUCGUAUUGAUAUCCUUCGUGAUUGUCUUGAAGCUAAGAAAAAUCGUCGUCCUUAUGUCAUGACUUUCUGUGGCGUUAAUGGUGUUGGAAAGUCCACGAAUUUGGCAAAGAUUUGUUUUUGGCUUAUUGAAAAUAACUUAAAUGUCUUGAUUGCCGCAUGUGAUACUUUCCGUGCUGGAGCUGUCGAACAACUUCGUACACAUUGUCGUCACUUGAACUCUCUACAUCCAAAAGAGAAGCAUAAUGGACGUGAAAUGGUUCAAUUGUAUGAAAAAGGAUACGGAAAAGAUGCAGCUGGAAUUGCAAUGGAAGCAAUUCGUUUUGCAAAAGAUUCUGGAAUUGAUAUUGUCUUAGUCGAUACUGCUGGUCGUAUGCAGGACAAUGAGCCAUUAAUGCGUGCCCUUGCCAAAUUAAUUAAAAUUAAUGAACCCGAUUUGGUCUUGUUUGUUGGUGAAGCUCUUGUUGGAAAUGAAGCUGUUGAUCAGCUUGUUAAAUUCAAUCAAGCACUUGCUGAUUACUCUUCUAUGGAUAAUCCUCACGUUAUUGAUGGCAUCGUCUUGACCAAAUUCGACACUAUUGAUGAUAAAGUUGGUGCAGCUAUUUCUAUGACUUACAUCACAGGUCAACCGAUUGUUUUUGUCGGAACUGGACAGACAUACACCGAUUUGAAAGCUUUAAAUGCACGAGCAGUUGUCCAUGCUCUCAUGAAAUAAAUUAGAACAAUUAUAUUUAAAUUAGCGGUGGAUUGCAUUUUAACCAUAUUCCAAUUUCCGAAUUUCCAUUAAUUAAUCAAAUAUUGAAUAAAAAGAGUUUUUAUUUUUUGUUUUCGUUUUUAAAAGUUAA